GAAUACUCGGUACAUGAUGGCCUUAAAGGUGAUCAAGAUCUCCCUAGUUAGUCCUGCGAUCCCCUCUGUGGAUCAACUCAUCCUCCCACUCUCUUUCUUCGACUUAGUGUGGCUAAAAAUCAAUCAUACAAACCGAGUUAUCUUUUACAAACUCGCUGAGUCAUCUGGCGACUCGUUCUACUCCCUAGUCCUCCCAAAACUCGAGCGAACCCUUUCCCUUGCCCUAUCGCACUUUCUCCCUCUCUCCGGUCAGCUCAAGAGGGACCCACAAGAUCCUAAGCCUUACAUCAUCAUCUCGCCACAAGACAACGUCUCUCUCACAGUGGCCGAGACCGAAGCAAAUUUCUCUCAUCUCUCCGGCAAAGGGAUCCGUCACCAGACCGAGUUACGCGCUCUAGUGCCCGAGCUACACGUCUCCUCUGACUCUGCCUCUGUUCUGUCUCUUCAAAUCACAUUGUUCGCGAACCAGGGCAUUUGCAUGGGGAUCACAUCGAACCAUGCUGUCUUGGACGGCCAAACAGCAGUUAAGUUUCUCAGAUCGUGGGGUCACAUUUUCGAACACGGAGAAAUGCCUCAAGAUUUUCAUUUACCUAUGGUUUUAGAUCGUACGGUCAUCAACGUGCCAGGUGAACUCGAGUCCAAGAUCUUCCAACUCCCGCAGGACAAAGCAUUUGUAAGGUCCCUAAAGCUUCCUUCGACCAAAGAGAUGGAAGAUCUCCUCAGGAUCACGCUAGAGCUGAGUCAAGAGAACGUGAUGAAACUUAGAGAUCGAGCAAAACGUGAGUCAACGCGCUCCGAUCUCCACCUGUCAACUUUCGUACUCAGUUACGCCUAUGUAUUAGCCUGUAUGGUGAAGGCACGUGGAGGCGACACAGACCGACCAGUUCCGUUCAUGUACGUUGCUGAUUUUAGAGACCGGUUAGACCCGCCUGUACCCGCUAGCUACUUGGGUAACUGCGUGAUACCUAUUAAUAUCUGUGGAUACAAAGCAAAGACGUUUUUGGGAGAAGAUGGAUUCGUCAAUGUUGUCGAGAUUCUUAGCGACUCCGUCAGAGAUUUGAGCUCAAGAGGGGUGGAAUCAAUGUGGGAGUUGUACGAGGAAGGACGAAAAAAGUUUGAUCCAAGUGUAGAGACGGUGAUGGUUGUUGGGUCUAACAGGUUUGGGAUAUAUGGAUCGGAUUUUGGGUGGGGGAGGCCCGUUAAUACUGAGAUUGUAACUCUCAGUCGACACAUUCUCUUCACUAUGUCGGAGAGAAGGGAUGAGACUAAUGGUGUGGAGAUUGGCAUGUGUUUGAAGAAAUGUGAGAUGGAUGUUUUUAUUUCUUUGUUUCAAAAUGGAUUGUAAAACUAAGAAAAUAUAUUUGUGGUUUUUAAUUUCAGUUAGUUGUUGGUUUACAAGAUCUUUUACAAAUAAAACUCUAUUUCGA